CCCGCGCGCUCUCCUCCUACUCCGCGGGCUCCCGGGGAAAGCAACAGUGUCCUCAGCCCGAGGCCGCCGCGGCCAGCCAGGCGAAGGGCCCGGUCCUGCUCUUGUGUGCCCAGGACCACUGGCGCCCACGGGCCAUGGACACGUUCAACAGGAACCAGGUGGGCCCUGGAGGCAAGAACCCCGCUGUGGUGCAGAAGGGCCCCCUGGACCUGAUCGAGACAGGGAAAGGGCUGAAGGUACAGACAGACAAGCCCCACCUGGUAAGCCUGGGCAGUGGGCGGCUCAGCACGGCCAUCACCCUCCUGCCCCUGGAGGAAGGUAAGACGGUGAUCGGGUCUGCGGCCAGGGACAUCUCGCUGCAGGGCCCAGGCCUGGCUCCGGAGCACUGCUAUAUCGAGAACCUUCGGGGCACCCUCACCCUCUACCCCUGCGGAAAUGCCUGCACGAUUGAUGGACUCCCUGUCCGGAAGCCCACCCGGCUCACGCAGGGCUGCAUGCUGUGCCUGGGCCAGUCCACCUUCCUCCGCUUUAACCACCCCGCCGAAGCCAAGUGGAUGAAGAGCAUGAUCCCGGCUGGGGGCCGGGCCCCUGGGCCCCCCUACGGCUCUGGCCCUGCCGAGCCGGAAGGCCUGAUGAACGGGAACCACGCCCCGCCGCCCGCACCCCGGGGUGCGGCCACCUGUGUCAGCCACAGCUCCCUGGUGAGCUCCAUCGAGAAGGAUCUCCAGGACAUCAUGGACUCGCUGGUGCUGGGGGAGCCCACGGCGGCCCCCACGAAGCCUGUGGCCACAUCGCCCCUGUCCCCGAUGGCCAACGGGGGGCGCUACCUGCUGUCUCCCCCCACCAGCCCUGGGGCGAUGUCCAUGGGCUCCAGCUACGAGAACACCUCGCCAGCCUUUUCUCCACUCUCCUCGCCAGCCAGCAGCGGGAGCUGUGCCAGUCACUCCCCCAGUGGGCAGGAGCCAGCCCCUUCCGUGCCGCCGCUGGUGCCGGCCCGCUCCUCCAGCUACCAUCUGGCCCUGCAACCCCCGCAGACUCGACCGAGUGGGGCCCGCCCCUCCGAGAGCCCCCGGCUGGGCAGGAAAGGGGGUCUUGACAGACCCCCCAGCCCCGGCCUCCGGGGCCUGCUGACAGACAGUCCGGCAGCCACGGUGUUGGCAGAGGCCCGCAGAGCCACGGAGAGUCCCCGGCUGGGUGGGCAGCUGCCCGUGGUGGCCAUCAGCCUGAGUGAAUACCCUGCAUCCGGUGCUCGGGGCCAGCCCACCAGCACUCCUGGGAGCCCCAAGAUCCAGCCUCCAGUCCCGGCCCCCCGGAGCAAGAUGAUCGCCCUCCAGGACCGGCCUCCCAGCCCUUUCCAUGAGCUGCCCGGUGCCGAGCGGGUGCUGCCAGCUAGCCCAGCGCGCCAGCUGGUGGGCAGAACCUAUUCGGAGGGCUCAGCCGCCCGGGCCCUGCCGCCCCCUGAGAGCCCCCGCCUCAGUCGGCGCGGGGUGGACAGCAUGCGGGAGCUCCCUCCCUUGAGCCCGUCUCUGUCCCGCCGGGCUCUGUCCCCCAUGUCUGCCCGGAGCCCCUCGGAAACCAAACUGAGCAGGGACGUGGCCGAGAGCCCCCGGCCCCGGCGCUGGGCCGCCCACGGGGCCACCCCAGAGGACUUUUCCCUGACAUCGAGUGCCCGGGGCCGCAGGACACGGAGCCCCUCGCCCACCUUGGGGGAGACCCUGGCGCCCCGCAAGGGCAGCCUCAGCGGCAGACUGAGCCCCGCCUACAGCCUGGGCUCCCUCACGGGACCCUCGCCCCGCCAGAGCCCCCGUGUGCAGAGGAAGCUCUCCACGGGGGACCUGCGGGUGCCCGUGGGCCGGGAGCGCAAGAACAGCAUCACGGAGAUCAGCGACAACGAGGACGAGCUGCUGGAGUACCACCGGCGCCAGCGCCAGGAGCGGCUGCGCGAGCAGGAGAUGGAGCGGCUGGAACGCCAGCGCCUGGAGACCAUCCUCAACCUGUGUGCCGAGUACAGCCGGGCUGACGGGGGCCCGGAGGCCGGGGAGCUGCCCAGCAUUGGGGAGGCCACCGCCGCAUUGGCGCUGGCAGGGCGGAGGCCCUCCCGGGGCCUGACCGGGGCCCGAGGGGGCUCUGGACGGAGUGGCGAGGAGCCUGGAGGGGCCACGGCGCGCCUGUGGGAGAGUCUGGAGCGUUCUGAUGAGGAGAACCUGAAGGAGGAGAGCAGUAGCACGGAGAGCACCCAGCAGGAGCAUGAGGACACCCCCAGCACCAAGCUCCAGGGCGAGGUGCUGGCCCUGGAGGAAGAGCGGGCCCAGGCUCUGGCGCGGGUGGAGCAGCUGAAGGUGCGUGUGAAGGAGCUGGAACAGCAGCUGCAGGAGUCGGCCCGAGAGGCCGAGAUGGAGCGGGCCCUGCUGCAGGGCGAGAGGGAGGCCGAGCGGACGCUGCUGCAGAAGGAGCAGAAGGCGGUGGAGCAGCUGCAGGAGAAGCUGGGGACCCUGGAGACGGGCAUCCAGAAGGAGAGGGAAAAGGAGAGGGCGGAGCUGGCCGCAGGACGGAGGCACCUGGAGGCGCACCAGGCGCUGUACGCCGAGCUCAGGACGCAGCUCGAUAACUGCCCCGAGUCAGUGCGGGAACAGUUACAGGAGCAGCUGAGAAGGGAGGCCGAGGUCCUGGAGACUGAGACGAAGCUCUUCGAGGACCUGGAGUUCCAGCAGCUGGAGCGGGAGAGCCGCGCUGAGGAGGAGCGGGAGCUGGCAGGCCAGGGGCUGCUGCGGAGCAAGGCCGAGCUGCUGCUCUGCGUCGCCAAGAGGAAGGAGCGCCUGGCCAUCCUGGACAGCCAGGCAGGGCAGAUCCGGGCACAGGCCGUGCAGGAGUCGGAGCGCCUGGCCCGGGAGAAGAACGCGUCCCUGCAGCUUCUGCAGAAGGAGAAGGAGAAGCUGGCCGUGCUGGAAAGAAGGUACCAUGUGCUGACAGGGGGCCGGCCCUUCCCGAAGAGCACGUCCACCCUCAAGGAGGAUGAACCACUCCUCUCGGUGUCCCCAGCGACGGGGCUGGGGGCUGCGGCUCUGGGGCUGGUCCCAGCCCCUUCUCAGGCCGGGACCGCCUCUGUCCCCUUAACCCCAGCCACUUCCACCCUGCUCUGCCCCAAAGCACAAGAGUACGUGACGCUUGAGCAUCUAAAGGCCGUGUGGGGCCCCCCGUCUGCACCCACAGGCCCUGCCCCGGGCCUGCCGCUCCGGGCGUCCGCCUCCUGGGACCUGGGGCCCACCCGCCUUCCUCCCCGGCUGCCCUCCUCCUCUUCCUUCGCUUCUGUCGCGCCUGCGCCCAAGAUGGAGAAGCUCUUGCUCCCUGCUGUAGACUUAGAACAGUGGUACCAGGAGCUGAUGGCCGGGCUGGGCACGGGUCCCGUCGCGGCCUCCCCACGCUCUUCCCCCCCGCCUCUGCCCGCCAAAGCUUGCCGGCAGCUGCAGGUUUACCGCUCCAAGAUUGACGGGGAGGCCGGCAGCCCACUGCCCCGGACCCGCAGCGGCCCACUCCCCUCUUCCUCUGGCUCCUCUUCCUCCUCCUCACAGCUCAGCGUGGCUACCCUGGGCCGCAGCCCAUCCCCAAAGAACACCCUCGUGGCCCAGAACUGCACGGGCAGCUUACCCCGGAACCUGGCCGCCACACUGCAGGACAUCGAGAACAAGCGGCAGCUGGCCCUGCAGCAGAAGGCCGAGUCGCUCCUUGCCGAGCCCCUCCCAACCGACAACCCAGCAGGGCAGCAGGUGAUCGAGGAGCAGCGGCGGCGCCUGGCAGAGCUGAAGCAGAAGGCUGUGGCCGACGCGCAGUGCCAGUGGGAGGCGCUGCACGGGACGGCCCCGUACCCGCCGCACUCCAUCCUGCACCACCUCCCGGCCGGCCGGGAGCACGGCGAGGAGGGCCCGCACGCCUACGACACGCUGAGCCUGGAGAGCUCAGACAGCAUGGACACCAGCAUCUCCACGGGCGCCGCCUCGGCCUGCUCGCCCGACAACAUGUCCAGUGCCAGCGGCCUGGACGUGGGCAAGAUCGAAGAGAUGGAGAAGCUGCUCAAGGAAGCUCACGCGGAGAAGAGCCGGCUCGUGGAGUCCAGGGAGCGGGAGAUGGAGCUGCGCAGGCAGGCCCUGGAGGAAGAGCGGCGGCGGCGGGAGCAGGUGGAACGGAGGCUGCAGAGCGAGAGCGCACGGAGGCAGCAGCUGGUGGAGAAGGAGGUGAAGCUGCGAGAGAAGCAGUUCUCACAGGCACGGCCCCUGACCCGGUACCUUCCCAUCCGGAAGGAGGACUUUGACCUGAAGACACACAUCGAGUCCUCAGGCCACGGGGUGGACACGUGCCUCCACGUGGUGCUCAGCAGCAAGGUCUGCCGCGGCUACUUGGUCAAGAUGGGUGGCAAGAUUAAAUCCUGGAAGAAACGCUGGUUUGUCUUCGACCGGCUCAAGCGCACCCUUUCCUACUACGUGGACAAGCACGAGACCAAGCUGAAGGGGGUCAUCUACUUCCAGGCCAUCGAGGAGGUGUACUACGACCACCUGCGCAGCGCAGCCAAGAAGAAGUUUCUCAGCCUCACCCUGGUGACCGAGAGUCCCAACCCGGCGCUCACCUUCUGCGUGAAGACACACGACCGGCUCUACUACAUGGUGGCGCCAUCGGCCGAGGCCAUGCGCAUCUGGAUGGACGUCAUCGUCACGGGCGCCGAGGGCUACACUCAGUUCAUGAACUGACCUGCCUGCACCUCCAUCUCCCCGACCCUGGCUGGGCGCCGGCCCCAGCCCCCGCCCCCACGCGGCUCUCUCCAGCUUGGGAAGAGGCAGUGCCGUGCCGACGGGGAGACGCUCAAGUAUGAACCCGGACUUCGGUCCCUAAAGGACCAGCCACCAACCACGAUGGUGGGGAGGCCAGAAGCGGCGCCGCCCGCGCCCUGUCCUGGCUUCUCAUUGUCCGGGCACUCGACGGUACCAGAAUCUGCCAAAGAUUCCCCCCUUGCCACCCUCCCCUCCGCCCGAGCCUUGGGGGGCUGAGCCGAGCAACAUCCAGAGUGGGAGGGGGGGUGUCAGCUCCGCGGGGGUCCUCUCCUGCCUCACUCUCCCCUCCCACCCCCGGUUUCUCUUCGUUACUCGCUCCAGGGCUCACCACGGUCACCACACCAGGGUCCUUGCCACGAUCUCUCCAGCCGAGGCCUGCGAGGUACCCUGCGGGAGGGAGGCCCCGAACCUCCUCCCUGUGGCCCACAGCCCGCAGCCCUCUCCCUUCCACUUGUGCCUUGCAUAGAGCCAGAAGGGACGAAGCAACGGACGGAGAGAUGCCGGAGCUCGGGGUGCGGGAGA